CCUUGCUCUCUCCCCCACCCCCACCCCCCUACCCUCCGUCCGCCGCCCCGCCCCUCCUUCCACCGCCGGCCGGAGGAACCUAGGCUGCUUGCUGCCUCGUCCGGAGGAGCCCUUUUUGCGCCCGGAUCUCCUCGCUCCCCGCGCGCAACCCAACCCGCCGGCCCGCUCGCUUCGAUUUGUUUCGUUUAUUCGAUUCUUGCUUCCCGUUCUGUACAUAUCUGCUCGGUCGGCGCCCGGAUUUCUCGGCGGCGUGUCUGGAUCUGGGCUGUCGGACGAAAUCCCGGCUCGAUUCGCUCCCGGGCGCCGCCGCGGCGGGUUUGGAUCUCGCGGGGUUACGAGAGGGGGGAGAGAAAGUCGUUGAUUCGUCGGGAGGCAGGCAGCGGUAACCGGAGAUGGAUCACAUCGUCGGCGGCAAGUUCAAGCUCGGCAAGAAGAUCGGGAGCGGAUCCUUCGGGGAGCUCUUCCUCGCUGUGAAUGUGCAGACCGGAGAGGAGGUCGCCGUCAAACUGGAAAAUGUCAAGACCAAGCACCCGCAGCUCCAUUACGAGUCCAAGCUCUACAUGCUUCUCCAAGGAGGAACUGGCAUUCCGCACCUCAAGUGGUUUGGUGUGGAGGGAGAGUAUAAUGUGAUGGUGAUUGAUCUUCUCGGACCCAGCCUCGAGGACCUCUUCAACUACUGCAGUAGAAAGUUCUCGCUCAAGACCGUGCUCAUGCUCGCUGAUCAGAUGGUGAGAACACCUCCGGUUCAUUGUUAUAUCCCAGUUUUCAGUUUUAUACAGAUUUCUGGUGUUAACCGCAUUCCCUUUCGCCAAACAUUCCAGAUUAAUCGAGUUGAGUACAUGCAUCAAAAGGGAUUUCUUCAUCGUGACAUAAAACCUGAUAAUUUCCUUAUGGGCCUCGGAAGGAAAGCCAAUCAGGUAUAUAUAAUAGAUUAUGGACUUGCAAAGAAAUUCAGAGACCUUCAGACUCAUAAGCACAUCCCCUACAGGGAGAACAAGAAUCUCACUGGAACUGCACGCUAUGCUAGUGUCAAUACUCACCUUGGCGUUGAGCAAAGCAGGAGAGAUGAUUUAGAAUCACUUGGUUAUGUACUUAUGUACUUCCUCAGAGGCAGUCUGCCAUGGCAGGGGCUGAAAGCGGGCACUAAGAAGCAGAAAUAUGACAAAAUUAGUGAGAAGAAGAUGCUUACUCCAGUGGAGGUACUCUGCAAGUCUUACCCUUCAGAAUUCAUUUCUUACUUCCACUACUGUCGAUCAUUGCGGUUUGAAGACAAGCCAGAUUAUUCUUACCUAAAGAGACUAUUCCGUGAUCUCUUCAUCCGGGAAGGAUACCAAUUCGAUUAUGUGUUUGACUGGACCAUUUUGAAAUAUCCCCAGAUAGGCUCGAAUCCAAGGAUGAGGCCAAGUGAAAGAGUCAGUGGAGCUGCUGGACCUUCUAUCGAGAAGAUAGAGAAGGCCCCAGGCGAAGCAUCUGCUCGGAGGAAUCCCAGUGCUUCUCUGAAUCAGAGUGACAACCACGCAACCCGACCACGGGAAACUGUAUCGAUGUCAUUAAAGGAGAUUAUGCAUAGCACAGACCGGUCCGGCGAAAGGACUGUGGAGAGGACCACGGAGAGACCCCGUACAUCCUCUCGUACAGGCAGUGCGUCCAGGAGAGCAGUUGCAUCAAGCAGCAGGCCAGGCUCAUCCAUGCAACCGAGCGAGCAGCAGUACAGCCGAACGAGCAGGUUGUUCUCCAGCAGCAAUAACGGCGGCAGCCGCCCGUCCAGCACCCAGAGAGUCAAUCCUGGAGUGAGCGAGUCGAGGGCCACAUCCCUCUCACGGGCAGCGGUCGCAAGAGGGUCGCGCGACGAGCCCCUCCACCGCAGCCUCGAGCUCCUGUCCCUCGGCACCGGCAAGAGGAAAUAACAGGAAGGGGGGCAAGGGAACCCGAACCCGAGAACGAACGAUGGAACAAGGAAACGACGCUGUUUGCGACUCUGUAAAUGACAGGAUACCACCACCCUAUUCGUCAACAGUCCGCCUGGAGCAUCCCAUAAUUCCAUGGUGCUCCAGCCUGUUGGUAGUAUCACCACCACCAUCAUUGUUUGAUAGAUAGCAAUAAUUUGCUGCUGCUGCUGCUGCUGUUGGUUGUUGUUGUCGUCUUCGUCGUCGGCGUGUGCGCGUUAGGGCCAAGUCCUAGCUUCGUGGUGAUUAAUUUAGAGGUGGUCAAGAUUCAACAUAUUUAUGUUUCUUUAUUACCUUCCCGCUGGGACUUGGCAAACUUUUUUCUGAGACUUUGUUGUAUUUUCUCUUCCCGUUUGUUGCUACCUCUGGAUCUGCUUGUUCAGCAACAGAAAGUUGAUGAAAGUAACUUCCAGUAUGAAAA